ACGCAUCAAGUUGUCCACAUCAAACUAGCCGUCAGUGCCUCACGUUCUGCGGCCACCACAUUGAUGAGCUCCACAACAACCCAGUGGUGGUGGGAAUGGGAGCCUUCAAACCUCCGCCAGUGCUGCACACUCAUGAAGUCCAGCUUCAACGCUUGGCUUCCCACCCCACCUGAUAAUCAGCUCACCUGCAGCAACGAUCUCUGUCGCAAGCAUCACUGCGGGUAGCAUUAGCCUUUGUGGGAUUCGUCGCAGUUGCUGGAGAGAAGCUGAGGUCCUUUUAAGGAUCUGUGUGUUUCUGAGAGAUUCUUUCAAGUUGAGCUGGUGUUCAGAUAGGUUUCUUGGUCUACUAUGGCGGGCUACCGAAUAUGGCAGCUGCUGUUUGCGGUGUGGGCGGUUUCGGGCAGUGGCGUGGAGGUGAGUGCGCAGUUCGUUGGGUAUUACCGCACAAAGGACUGCGGCAUUGCAGAAGCAAUUGUCACUCAAGCUGUGACGCAAGCGUUCAACCAGGACCCCAGCGUUGCCCCCGCUCUCAUCCGGCUGUUGUUUCAUGACUGUUUCGUUGAAGGUUGCGACGCGUCCAUUCUCCUUGAUCCUUCUCCCGAGAACCCUAACGUGGAGAAGCGCUCAGGUCCCAACCUAUCGGUGCGGGGAUACGAGGUGAUAGACGCGGCCAAGACGCAGCUCGAAAAAACGUGCCCGUUGACAGUGUCUUGCGCCGAUAUUGUGGCGCUUGCCGCCCGCGACGCCAUCGUGUUGACUGGCGGACGUCAUUUUGAAAUGCCGACUGGACGUCUAGAUGGUAUGGUCUCGAGCACUGCAAGCGCUGACGCGAAUCUUGUGUCUACGGAGUCGUCUGCCAGAGAGCUUACACAGAAGUUUCUGGCACAGGGUCUCGGCCAGGACGAGAUGAUAACGCUCUCAGGUGCACACACAAUUGGCAGAACAACGUGUGCGCAAGUUACUCCUCGUCUCUACAACUUUCCUGGCUCUCCUAACGGUGUUGACCCGACGCUGGACUUCGAUUACGCCCUCCAUUUGAAACAGGUCUGUCCACAGGGUGGCAACCCCAAUUCUGUUGUUCAGCUCGACCCCGUGUCUCCAAACACCUUCGACAACAUGUACUACACCAAUGGCGUCACCGGGCGAGUGCUGUUCGCUUCUGAUAUUGCUCUCUUCGCUGACCACCAGACGGAGUUUGCGUCCAACUUGAACUCUGAGAAUGCGGAACUGUGGCAGAUCAAGUUUUCGAAUGCGUUAAUACACAUGGCGUCCAACAAGAUCAAGUUCGGAAGGCCGGAUGAAGAGGGCGAAAUUCGUCAAAAUUGCCGGUUAACAAACGCUAGGUUUGCGGCCACGGCCAACAUGUCAAGAUCCGCGCAUAAUCAUGGAGCUUGAGCUUUAGUUUACUUGAAAGAGUAGAUGAAUUCUAGAGCAACACGAAACGGUCACCAGUUCACCCUGAUUGAAUUUAGACUUUAGCUCAAGAACUGUUUUAAUUCAUAAACCAAAUUUUUCCAUCAAUUACUCCCAGAUUACA